UAUUGAAUGCUUUUCUCUUGCGCUCAUGCACUUUCAAGAAACUGACCAUGGGUUACUCUGAGAACUGCCAUGAUCUGAAAACCUACUGGGACAGGGAAAAAUCAAAAUGUGUGUUGUGUCCUGUACAGCCAGGGUAUGAGAUCACGCCAAACUGUGGCAGAGAUGACGACGGAGGGUUGCACGACCUCCCCCACACAGAGUGCAUUGCCAAUGUUACCUUUAACGAUGGCAGCAGUGCCUUUUGUCAAACCUGUUCGUCUUGUUCGCCCGGGUACAUUAUCACACACACGUGCAAUGUCACUACUGACACCCGGUGCCAGGAACCACGAAGCGGGACGUCAGGAGCUUUUACCACAGAACCAACAUCGCAGCAUGUUUCUACUUUCUCCAGCCCUAUAGCAAAGACAGUCCCAGUAUCUGGUCCAAGUGCAACAUUUGUUACAGGGGUAGUACCAUUGGUGAUCCUGAUUUCUGUCAUACUCAUUGUGAUGUUUGCUUGUGUAAUCUACAUGAAGCGGAAAAGAGUGUUUAACAGAGGUCAGCACACAGUGUUGAGUUACUGCAGAAGAGCUUCAUACAUCAGUGCAGGGUUCUCCUCUCUGCCUGCUCCAUCUGCUAACAAUGAACUGGUGGAAAUUUUGAGUCCCAACAUCCUGUCAUCACCUUUGCAGUCAGUGUUGGACAACCUGGAUGUUUUGGAAGAGCUUGUAAUUUUGCUGGAUCCAGAAAUUCAUGGAGUCAAGAACACCAAACACCUGGCGUCUCUUUGCUCCUUCCCUGCCACCUGGAUUACCUACGCCUACUCCAUGAAAGACAGUAAGAGUCCUCUGAAAGCCGUGCUGGAGGGGGUCACCAGCAGGCAACCUGAUUGGACAGUAGGACACCUGGUGAAGCUGCUCCGACACAUGGAGCGCAACGACGCCAUCGCUGCUCUCGCCAAACUAGAAGUGAAUGUGAUGCUGCAGGUGUAAUAUUCCUUCAACCUGUGACAGAUGUUUGUAUUUCUGAUCAUUGCUGUGAUAUUUAAAUCAUAGAUGUUCAGCCAGUUCCAUAAAGAAUUGAUGGAAAAUCAGUAUUGAACAUAUCAAUGUUAACAUCAACAAAAAAUAUGGGCAGAGUAGUUUGAUGCAGAUGAGAAAAAAAAAUUAAAGGGAUACCCUAUCAA